AUCCUUCUACAACCCUCCCUGGCUGUCUCUUUUCUGGGACUGAAGCCAAACCUCGCACGCUCCAGCGCCCGGUCUGCCUAGACGUUCACCCCGCCUCCAAAAAGUCCUCUGAAGUGAAGGGGGGGGGGGAGCAGCCAGCAGCUGGCUGCUUGCCCAUUACUCAGCCUCCCUGCCUCUAUAUAAACACACACAUUGACUUUCUUUUUUACUCAAACUCACAUUGAGAGAGGAUUUAACAACCAAACCUCCCUCUUUACAGCAAUCCAGUGGAGAAAAGUCUAGGGCUUACAAUAACCAGCCUAUAUAUAGCUAUAUAACUCGCUCUCUCUAUUUAUAUAUAUAUUUAAUUCCUGCUCCAUCUCUCCAGAUCUUUGCUGAAUUAUUUCACGAUAUAGAUAGAUGCUAUAUUUUUCUGGCUUGCAUUGGCAGCAAAGAGACCUAUAGCAUUUGCAUAGGGUUUUUUUCUUCUUCUUCUUCUUUUCUUUUUAAUUUGAUUGCACACACAGUUUGUGGGUUGUUUUUUUCUUUUUGGCUGUAUGCUCUGUAAAAGUUUACUUUAAAAGUUUUCAGAGAGGGGAAUCUUAUUUUGCUGCUGGUGGUGGGGGGAAGAGAACCAGACACCUCCCUACCCCACCCCCCAAAUUCUGAUCUCCUCCCCCUUCCCUGCUCUGAGCUCACCUUCUAUGAAGCGCUACAGUGGGUGACUUUUUAUUUGCCUUUUUUGUGCCUGUGUGCGGUGCAUUUCAGAGGGUUUGGGUUGUUUUUCCCCCCUCCCUCCUCCUUCUCCUUCCAAAUAUGCUUUUCGAAAGUUUUGAUCUGGUUUCUGCGCUGGCUACCCUUGCUGCAUGCCUGGUAUCAUUGACUCUGCUCUUGGCAGUGUCCCAACAGCUGUGGCAGCUGCGCUGGGCAGCCACUCGGGACAAAAGCUGCAAGUUACCGAUCCCUAAAGGGUCUAUGGGAUUCCCCUUAAUCGGAGAAACGUUCCACUGGCUGCUACAGGGAUCGUGCUUCCAGUCGUCCAGGAGGGAGAAAUAUGGCAACGUCUUUAAGACUCACUUGCUGGGACGCCCCUUAAUCCGGGUGACCGGCGCCGAGAACGUGCGGAAGAUCCUGAUGGGAGAGCACCACCUGGUGAGCACGGAGUGGCCCCGGAGCACCAGGAUGCUCCUAGGACCCAACACGGUGGCUAACUCCAUCGGGGACAUCCACCGGCACAAGAGAAAGGUAUUCUCCAAAAUCUUCAGCCAUGAAGCCCUGGCGAGCUACCUCCCGAAGAUCCAGUUGGUGAUCCAGGAUACGCUCCGGAUGUGGAGCAGCAGCCCAGAAUCCAUCACUGUCUAUUACGAGGCGCAGAAGCUCACCUUCCGCAUGGCCAUCCGUGUCCUGCUGGGUUUCUGUAUCUCUGAUGAGGAGCUCACCCGACUCUUCGAGGUCUACCAGCAGUUUGUGGAGAACGUCUUCUCGCUGCCCGUGGAUCUGCCCUUCAGUGGCUACCGGCGGGGGAUCCGAGCUCGGGAGACUUUGCAGAAGGGGCUGGAGAAAGCCAUUCGGGAGAAACUGCAGAACACGCAGGGCAAGGACUAUUCUGAUGCCCUGGACAUCCUGAUAGAAAGCGGCAAGGAGCAUGGCAAAGAGCUGACCAUGCAGGAGCUGAAGGAUGGCACCUUGGAGCUGAUCUUUGCUGCCUACGCUACCACGGCCAGCGCCAGCACCUCUCUGAUCAUGCAGCUCCUGAAGCACCCUGGGGUCCUGGAGAAGCUUCGCGAAGAGCUCCGCAGCAAGGGCAUCCUGCACAACGGGUGCAUCUGCGAGGGCUCCCUCCAGCUGGACACCAUCAGCAGUCUCCAUUACCUGGACUGCGUGAUCAAGGAGGUGCUACGUCUCUUCACCCCCAUCUCCGGCGGGUACAGGACAGUGCUGCAGACCUUCGAGCUGGAUGGCUUUCAGAUCCCCAAAGGCUGGAGCGUCAUGUACAGCAUCCGGGACACGCACGACACCGCCCCAGUAUUCAAGGAUGUGGAUGUCUUUGACCCUGACCGCUUCGGGCAAGACCGUACCGAAGACAAAGACGGCAGGUUCCACUACCUCCCCUUUGGUGGGGGCAUACGGACCUGUCUCGGCAAGCACCUGGCCAAGCUUUUCCUCAAGGCACUAGCCAUUGAGCUGGCCAGCACGAGCCGGUUUGAGCUAGCCACCAGGACUUUCCCUAGAAUCAUGCUGGUCCCUGUGGUCCACCCUGUCGAUGGACUCAAGGUCAAAUUCUUUGGACUGGAUUCCAACCAGAAUGAGAUUCUGACGGAGACAGAAGCCAUGCUCGGGGCAACAGUCAUGUGGGGAAAAGAACUCUGUGUUCAGAUGACAGCAGCACCUGCUCACAAAUGCUGGGAAGUGCAUUCUGGGUAACGGCACGCAAACUGAACCUGGCCCCAGUUUAGCUUUUGGCAUGGCCAUUGGUGUUGCUGCAGAGGACCACUGGGCCACUAAACGCGGCAGGGUCAGCUGGACAGGGUGUUUUAUUCUGCCUAUGCUUUGUGAACAAGAAAGCCAUUUGAUCUGUUCUGUGGGACAAAGAAGUGGCCAAAUUUUGCCCUCUGAUAGGAGUCUCUCAUCUGCUUCAGUGAGGGCUGAUCUCAUUUCAGAGGGUAGAACUGGGGUCUCCGAUGUGUCAUAUUUGAAGUUGCCUGGUGCUGCUACAUGGCAUGGUGUAACUGUCCAUCCCCUCUAACCCCACCCUGUCUGAUCCCUCCCAAACCCAGAGUUUUGCAGUGAGCUGUGUUGUUUUUGCCUUCUCUCCGGAUCUCUCAGGCCCCUCGGUGUGUGCACUGAACUCUGAACCACAUGUACUUUCAUAAACUGUACUGGGGUGCUGCUAAGUAACGUGGCUCAGAGCACGCGGUUGUUUUGUUCAUGGAACCGCUGCAGAACUAAGCCUCCAAAAAUUAACUGGUAGUCACACCCACAGCUGCCACUGUCCCCUGCCCAUAGAGGUGCUUGCAUUAAAGAGUGUUGGAGAUGGGUGGAAGGCUCCCUCUGAGCUAACCCUGCCCUCCGCCGCAUCCAACUGAAGUGAGAAGCGGUCCUAGGAGUGUUUGUCAGGGCAUGUGAGCUGCCAUCACUGCAACCCCUUAUUAGAAACACAGGGAAUUUCGUAUGCUGCCCAGUCACACUUGAACUGGGGGUGUUCCUCUGAAAUAAGUGAGGCCUGUAUUGUAGUGUUUGGAUCCUUAGCAUUCAGACGUGUUUGGAUCUGGCGUUUUGGUUCAGGCCCAUCUUGAAUUUAAAAAAGUUACCAGUCUGAUUUUCCCCUCCCCCGCCCCCCGAGGUGCUGGGCAUGCCCAAUUCCUGCUUCAGCUAUCAUGGUGGGUGCUCAGCACUUCUGCCCUGAGUCAGGAACAACAUCUCUUUUUGCUUUACUAGUGGCAGAGCACAGGUUUGGCAGCUGGCACCAGGCAAACCACAUGUAUCGCUGCUACUUUGUGGCAGCCAUGGUCAAUGACUGGCAGUCUCAGGGAAGAGAAAUCUCUCUCGCAAUUGUCCAAGACAGGCAUGCUGUUCAUCUGAGCUGCAGGCACUGACUUUAUACUGACCUUUCAGUGUGCUCACCCUCUCGCUCAGAUAUAUUUGCUGUAACAGGGGCACCUCAUACAGUUCAUCGGGCAGAGAAGGAGAAACACAGGAGCCAGAGCUGAGAACUCCCUUGACCUGAGUGCCAAUGAAACUGUUGUGGGUUAGCAGCUUCGUUUUUGUCAGGAUAAGUCAGAGGAGCUGAAAUCUGAAGGAAGGAGGGGCGGGAGCUUCCCACCAGGCUGGUGCAGGGUUUGCAGGGUUGGCUUUUGAAAACUGGGAUGAGUCAGUGGAAGGCUCUAAGGCAGUGCUGAGUGAAAGAUGCUGAAGGCUGCUCUAGCCAGCUGUUCAUCCGUCCAGGAUCAGUAAAGACUUUGGCGGUCCCCUGGAAGGGGAGACACUAAAGAUUUAAUCAUCACUUUAAACUAUGCUGCCAAAAAUCAUAUAGAAGCGCAUAGACCGACAAACACACACAUGUAUGAGCUCUGCUUCCAUGAGUGCAUGUGACUUUGGAGACUCAGUGUUAAUGUGGUCGUUUCUGAGGCUUGCUGCUCUAUAAUCUCUCUGUGGCCGUUUCACAGAAGGUUUUUAUUUUAACAGGGAUUGGCCUGAACCAAGACUCUGUAGCCUCUGAACUCUGAAGUUCAGAUCCAGAUUCGGAUUUGGCAGCUAGCCCGUAAUCUCUAUGGCU